AUGCUUGACCUAUGUAAUAUACUACUCUCCAUUCUCUUCAGUGCCAUUCUCCGCCUCGACAACCCCGAUGAAUGGCAACCCCUCUUCGGCAGCCCACUCGAAGCAUACAGCAUUCGCCGCUUCUGGACAAAAUUCUGGCACCGCCUGACCGUCUCCUCAUGCGCUUCCUCUGGAACACAGGUCACCCGCCGUCUUAUCGGCAUGACACCUGGAUGCCGAAGUGAAAAGAUCUUCGUCGCGCUCUGGACGUUCUUGCUCUCAGGAUUGUGCCAUGUGAUUCCUGACUGGCAGGUGGGCGAGCCAUGCUAUCCGCAUGAUGAUCUACUCUUCUUCGGGGCGAAUUUCUUGGCCAGUGCCAUGGAGGUGUUAGUGGCGCGCAGGCUGAGGUUCAUGAAUAGAUAUCAUGCAGGUGGUGACAAGUAUUUUUGGUUAGGAUCAUUGAGAGCAAUUACUGCGGCUGUGGGGUGUGUUUGGGUUCUGAAGUUUUUCUUCUGGAUCACUCCCAAGUGGCAGUAUCCCAAAAUGUAUGCAGUUUUGAUGCAAGUUCAGGGAUACUACGGUUGGCAGUAG